UGCCUGGUGCUCAUACAUGUCUGCACUUAAUAACUAGCUGACAGUCUACGUAAAGGCUCCAUCAUCGAAUCUCUGCGUUGCUAAGAGCUCUGCCUGGCUUGCAGAUGACACUACAUACUGAAGAUCCUCAAAUUCUCUGCCUAGAGAGUGGGAUAGAAGCGAACCUUCUCAAUGUGCGUCAGCACAAACUGGAACAACAGCGAGACCUCUUUGAAAAAAAACAGAAAAAGAAGAGACAGGAACCACUGAUGGUUCAAGCCAACCCAGAUAUUAAGGUGAUGCCUCGACAUUCUCGGAAGUCUGGAGAGCAGAGCAUAUUAUUGGACUCUUGCAGCGUCUCCAGCAUUUACUUAGGUGCCUCCAAUCUUGGUAUGCCAGAAGGACUAUCAGGGGCUCCCAAUCACACGCCCAAAAGCCGUUCACGUAGUUGCCCAAGGAAUAACAAACUCGACAAUGAACAAGGAAGCAAAGAGAAAGAUCAGUAUAGAGGCUUUUCCGAUGAUGACAUAGAAGAGACUACAUUGGAGGACACACAACCUCUCACCAGGAGGAAAGAACUGUUCACACCUGAACAGAAGCCGAAAAUAAAGAAAAAAUCAGCAGCAAAAUCUGAGGUUAAAGAAACGAAGAAAAAGGUGCUAAAGAACUCCAGAUCAUCAGCAUGCUCUGCUAAAGAUGCAGACAAAGAGAACAAACUAAAAAAGAAAGGGAUUGAUAGUACAGCCACUUUACAGGAUGAAGUGCAUGAGAUCAAUAACGACAAGGAGCUUAUUAAUCAAUCCUCUAGUGAAGAUGACUCUUUUUCUGUAGGGGAUCGUGUAGUUCCUCCAGCACCUGUAAAACAACGUAACAAAAAGAAACCAGCAAAAUCAGCAAAAUCCAGAAGAAAAAGUCCUAGCAAUGAUGAUGAAGAUAAAGAUGCAUUAGACGAAGAUGAUUUUGAUGGAGAGUCAGAUAUCCUAAGUAGUGUUGUGUACACGAGUCCUCUUCCUGACCCCAACAGGGAGGAAGAUUAUCAAGUAGCAGAAUCAUUGGAAACUGGAGACCUGGAAGGAUUUGCUUUACAGCCAGCUCCUCAAAACAUGACUUUGAAGUGCCGCAUCACCAGAGAUAAAAAAGGAGUGGACAAAGGCAUUUACCCUACCUAUUACCUACAUCUAGAAAGAGAUGAUGGGAAAAGGCUUUUCCUUAUGGCUGGUAGAAAAAGAAAGAAAAGUAAAACUUCAAAUUAUCUCAUCUCCGUGGAUCCCACUGAUCUUUCCCGAGGUGGGGAAGGCUUCAUAGGAAAAGUCAGGUCAAAUAUGCUGGGUACCAAGUUUACAGUUUUCGACAAUGGAAUGAAUCCAGAGUUGAGACCCUUUGUGCAGGAGAAGGAAUCGCUCAGACAAGAGCUUGUAUCUAUAUGCUAUGGAACCAAUGUUUUGGGAUUUAAAGGUCCUCGGAAAAUGACUAUCAUUCUACCUGGAAUGAACAUGGAUGGUGAAAGGGUAUCUAUUCGGCCAAAGAACGAACACGAGACACUGUUAGCUCGCUACCAGAAUGGUAACAUGGAGAAUAUCACAGUUCUGCAAAACAAAGCUCCGUCGUGGAAUGAGGAGACCAGCUCAUACAUGCUAAACUUCCAUGGACGUGUCACUCAAGCUUCUGUAAAGAAUUUUCAGAUCAUAUCUUCUCAGGACCCUGAGAACUUUGUGAUGCAGUUUGGACGUGUGGCAGAGGAUGUUUUUACCAUGGACUACAGAUAUCCCAUGUGUGCUCUGCAGGCAUUUUGUGUCUGUCUGUCCAGCUUUGACGGCAAACUGGCUUGCGAGUAAACAAUAGAAUAAAAUAAAAUACACUCAUGGAAUGUGCAAUAUAGAAUCAAACAAUCCAUCUUUUCGUCAUUUCUGUUUCCAUUGUCUAAUUUUAUUUCCUAGGUAGAGAUUGAUUUUCUAAAUAAAU